AUGGCCAGUGAUAUUAAUAGUGACUCCAGUGGUAGUGAUUCUGGUUCUACACCAGAAGAAGAACGAAUACGACGUUUAUUUCAGACUUGUGACGGAAAUGGAGAUGGUUAUAUUGACAGUCAAGAUCUUUUGGCUGUAUGUCGACAGCUGAACCUGGAGCACUGUGUUGGUGAAAUAAUGGAACAGUUGGGAGCUGAUGAGCAGGGUCGCAUAUCUUACAGUGAGUUUCUCAGAAGAAGAAUGCAACUGAUUAAUGAAAUAAAUGCCCUCACUUUACAAGAACAGGCCAGGGAAAGCGAGUCACUUCAGAGUGGUAAUGGCAGGCAUUCCAUAACAAUGCAGCAAGCUUCUCCUGCGCCUGAAAGUAGUAGCACUGGUAACUGGCCUACAAGUAGUGACAGUCAGGGAAGUCAUGGUGCUAGUGGCAAACAUGAAAGCUGGGAAUUUGAUUCAGGGGCUCGUGAUUUAAGUCCAGAACCAAACACUCUUCAUAAACUUAUUGAAGCUGCUGGAGGAACAAUAUCUGGCUGUAGCAAUGAUUUGUUGGAACUUGCAAACAAGUUACAUCUAGCAAAGUUGGACUCAUUGAAGAGCAAAAUUACAGAGCUUACUACCAUUAUACAACACACAGCUCAGGAGAGGGAUAUUCUAGAAAGGCAGCUAAAUCGAACGCAGUUGGAUCGCUUAAGGCUGGUAAGAGAGCAGGAGGAUAGGUUAGAACAGCAAGCUUUAAGAUAUGAAGAAAGAUUGACCGAACUCCAUAGUGUCAUUGCAGAAUUGUCCAAGAAAUUAGAAGCUCAGAGAGCAAAUGUGAUAAAAGAGGAAGAUGAAUGCAGUCAGCAAUCUGGUGAAGAAUCUAGGCAAAGUGAAACGCAAAGUCACUGUACAAGCAACGAUAACAAUAUCACAGAAUCUUGUAGUGAAAGAGAACUCUCGAGAUUUGGUGGAGAGGAAGAUUCACGCAAUGAAGUUUCUCGGACAAUUUUGCAAGAAGGGGAAGAAGCUAGUAGUGGUCUUGGUGAUAAUGAAAGUUCAGAAGAUCAGCAAGUACAGAAUGGCAGGGAUAAAGAGAUUGAUGCUUUUAAAGAAAGUAGAGCAACAUCCUGUCACAGCUUACAAAUUUCCCAGCUUCAGGAGGAGGUCAUUGUUUUAAGAGCUGAAAAUGCUGCAUUGCAAGAUCAGCUAGGCCGGCAAGAGACCGAGCUCAACAGAACACGAGCUGCCCUUGCCAGUUGUAGAGAAGAAAGGGACAAAUUUCAGAGGAGGAUUCGUGAAGUUCAAGCCAAAUUAGCUAGUUUACAGUCGCAAAGUUCUCAGGGCUCACAAACAGGAAGUUCUCCUACUAGAAGUAAAAGCCCACACAUAAAUCCUACAACUGGGGAAAGAACACCAACUUCUCGGGAAGAUGUUCCUAUUGCUAAAAUGGCAGAACGAGUGAGACUAAAGAAAGUCGAAAGUGGCGACCGUCAUAUUUUAGGCUCUGAGAUAGCUAGCUUAGGACUAUCAACAACAAAAAUGGCGGAACACUUAGCUCAAAAUGUACAUGAAGAAUCCCAUGCUCAGGAAAUAUUCCAGACUCUAUUUUCUGCUGGUUCUCCUGUUCCCGAAAAUAAAAUUCGUGAAUUCGAAGUGGAAAUGGAGCGUCUGAAUAGUCGAAUUGAACAUUUGAAAUCACAGAAUGAUCUUCUUAAUUUAACCCUUGAAGAGAGCAAGGGGCACUGUGAUAGACUUAGUGUUCUUAUAGGAAAAUAUGAAUCUAAUAAUACUGCUUUGCAAUUGGCAUUAUCUUAUAGUGAUCAAGCCAUAGAAACGUUUGAAGUAUUGAUGGCACUUUUAGAAUCUGAACAAGACCAGAUACGUGCAAACUGUAAAGCUGUUGGUCUAGUCAAAUCCGAGGGUGAAGACCAAGAAAAAAUAAUGGAGCUUUUAAAAGAAUCACAAGAAAAUAGGAAAUCUGCUGAAAAUGUUGCAAGGCAUUUUCUUCAAAAGCUAGAUCGAAGUUAUGGAAUUUCUCCUCGGAUUGGAGGCUGCCACAUUAGUCCAUGGGAAGACCUUUCAUCACAUAGUCACACAACUAGUACAUCUAGUUCUGUGUCAAGUAGCUGCGAUGGGGGAGAAUUCUCAAAAGCAGACGAACGGCGACUUCGAGAUUACAUCAGCCAGUUGAAAAACGAUAGGGCAUCCGUUCGAACAACUGUAGUGGAGCUGGAGAGUAUUCAUGUUGACCCUACGAACAAAGAUCCUCCUACAAUUAUUGAUGCUCAAAAGUUGGAUCUGGAGAAUGCCGUCCUCAUGCAAGAGUUAAUGGCCAUGAAAGAAGAAAAGGCUGAACUGAAAGCUCAGGUAUACUUAUUAGAAAAGGAAAAAACAUCUCUAGAACUGCAGUUAAGUAGUAGAGAAGCACAAGAGCAAGCUUAUUUAGUUCAAAUUGAACAUUUUAAAAGUGAAUUUCAUGAACAAACAGAAUUAGUUGAGAAAUUACAGAGUUCCAGCACAAAUCAAAAGAGUGAUGGUAGUUUCAAAACAAGUGAGAGUGAAAAAUUAAAUGAAGCUACAGAGAAAGUUAGCAAAUUAAAAGCUAGGAUACAAGACUUAGUGUUAACGAUGGAGAAAGUUACAAAAAAUUCAGAAAUGAGUGCUCAGCAAUCUGUUGAAUUUGUUAAUGAUUUAAAGCGUACUAACAGUGCCUUGGUUAUUGCCUUUGAGAAGGCAAAGAAAAAGCAGCAAACCAAAGUGAAAAAACUUGAAUUGCAAAUGAGUUCUAUGACAGAAAGACAUAAUGCUCAGGUGCGAAUGUUGAAGCAAAGAAUAGCUAUGUUAGAAGGGGAACCUGGACAUCGUCUCUCACAGGCAUCUAGUGUUGACAUUCCUAUGUAACGAUUUAUGUUUUUAAUAUUUCAAUUUCCCUCUGCAAGGACAUGUGAUCUCCAACUCCAAAUAAAUACUCAAAAAACAUACGUACCAUCGAUUCAGUGGCAUCAAACCAGAUUACAAAAUUUAGAUUUUCCAAUUAGUGCACUGUUUUUUAGUUACCAAACCACACAUUUUACAAAUGGAAUAGUUUAAAUAUUACAGUCGACUCCCGCUACAACGCGAUUCGACUUACGCAAAAUGGCUAUAACGCGAGUUUUUCACGAGUAACGAAUUUUAGAGAUAACGCGAAUUUUUCGUCCACUACACGAAUUUUUUUGGAUGGAAGUAUCGGCUUCGUUAUUGGCUGCUAAAUAUUGAUUGCGUGUGAAUGUUAAUACAUCCCUUUGAGUAUCACUGACAGGGUGACAGUGAAAGUUCCCACACCAAACUAGUCUAAAAUUGAUGAAAUAUAAUUGCACCUUAGUGCUACUUUCACCUAAAGUUUGUGAAGAUGGGAUGAAAAACAAAGUUUCUGAUAUAAAAAAAGGCUAAGAUUCUCGAUAUGCUUGAACAAAAAAAAAAAAAACGGCGAUGGUAGGGCGCGGCAAUAAGUAUGACUUGAAUCUACCAUAUGUACAAAAAAAGAUAUCUAUAAAAGUGCAAAACUUAGUUUCAAUACUGAAGAUUGUAGAACAAUCUAGCAAAGUAAAUAUUAAAAUGGAAGCUGCUCUUGUAUUGUGGAUAAAAUAAAUCAGGAAGAGGGGCUAUUUCCCCAAAUUGAAACGUUAUAAAAGAAAAGGCGAAGCAACCAUAUUUAAAAAUGUUUUUGAUAAGAAUAACGAUCUUAUAAUGGAGCAUAAAUCAUCAUUAUCUUCAUUUUUAACUCAUAAAUAUUGUUACUUUAUUUGCUGUACAGCACUAUUAUAAUGCAGCAUUUUAUUAUCACUUCAUACUGUGUGCACGGUGUUGUUUUAUUUUACG